UUGAGAAUCUCUGAGCUCCAGUGUUGAGUCUCAGUGUGAGUGUCAGUGGGAGCACUCGUGUUGCUGCAGGUCCUCCUGCCCAGGGACACGACACGACACACUCCAUUCCACUCCAUUCCACUCCACUCCAGUCCACUCCUGAGUUCGGCAGCUUUCUGAGCGUGCGGCACUUGGCUACUCCCUGCACUGCGUUUUACACCGUUUUACACCACUUCCCACCAGCGGAUCCCGGAGCCCCAACACAGGUGCGACCGAGGAUCCCAGAGCCGGACCUCCGACUGAGUGGCUGGACCAGACUGAACUCCCAUCAUGCACACAGCUUCGCUUCUCACCAUCUAUAUGGUGCUGCUUUUCGCCGGCGGUGGAGAGGCGAAGCCGAAUGAGCAUAAGAACAAGAAGCCAAAACAAGUGGUGCCCUCCAUAGAAUGUAACACGAGGGCUGGAAAGAUCAGCCACCCCGAGUUCAUCGCCAAGUGUCCGGCUCGCUGCAGGGAGACAAAGGAGCCGGUGUAUGGCACGGGGAUCUACGCAUCCAUCUCCAGCAUCUGCAAUGCUGCCAUCCAUGGUGGGAUCAUCACCAACUCAGGAGGGAAGGUCAUUGUGAAGAAGAUGGCUGGACAGGUACCCUACAAGGGCAGCUUGUCCCACGGCGUCCGCUCCCUGUCUCUGCCCAAGUGGAGGGAGUCCUUCAUAGUCUCCGUGGGCAAACUGAAUAAGGGUGUGAUGUACCCGUCAACGCUGGAGUACACCACCACACGUCCACCUGAAGCAGCUACGAGAGAGUUCAAGAGCAUCCUGGCCACCGCAGUGCCGCCGGUACUGCCACAGACAACCACGACCCCUCCGGAGCCCCCCACAACCACCGUCAUCACCACUACAACUUCUACAACAAUGCCAACAACCACCCCAUUUUCCCCUUCCACCAGCACAGCCAAACCCCGUGCCGUGGUCCACAAAACCAGAGAUGCAGGCAGCAGUCACCCCUACUUUGCAUCACUGGCGGCCGCGGCAAGCGCCAGGCAGGCAAAGGACAGUCAGGGAGAGGGACCAGCUCAAGCUUUCAGAAGCAGCUCCACCCUUUUGAGCAGAAACGCACCUCGCACCCACCCAGGUCUGCGCAGGCAAGAUGCAGGAUCUGCGCCGAGGAGGUCGCCGGGUGCUCUCCCUGGCCCAGCUGCAAAAUCAGCUUCUAGCCCUCGAGGGAGUCAGCAGGCAGUUCAGUCCAACCCCACUUUCUCUAGGAGGGAAUGGCCGCCCUCCUCGUACCUGCACCGUGACUGGUUUGCUGCUCCGCGAUGGCCAACAGACUUCAGUCACAGUCAUCCAGACUCAGGGCACAUCUGGACCCAACCGGAGGCACCACUGGCUGCAGUAGAGAACCACAGACCCGAACGAUCCGAGUUUGACAACUGGCGAUUUAACUUUGGAUACCACGCAUCCAGAUCAGGGGAUCCAGACAACAGCAGGAAGACCCCCGCUGAGGUGUCCCACACCGCAGUCGAAUUCACCGAUGCCUGGAAGCCAGAAGGUAGUCCCUUGGACUCAGGGUUCGGCUCACGUGAACAAGACUCCCUCCUGAGGGUCUCGGAGCCCAUCUCUCAGGGAAACCCAAACUGCAAGGUAGACAUCGCCUUCCUGAUGGACGGCAGCUGGAGCAUCGGGAAACGCCGCUUCAAGAUCCAGAAAGACUUCCUGUCCGAGGUGUCACAGGUCAUCAAUGUGGGCGUGGCCGGUCCCAUGAUGGGCAUCAUCCAAUACGGAGAUGACCCUGUGACUGAGUUCAGCCUGAAGUCUCACACCAGCUCCAGAGAGUUGAAAACUGCUAUAGAGAAGAUUGCCCAGAAGGGGGGGCUCUCCAACGCGGGAAAGGCCCUCGCCUACAUCAACAAGCACUUCUUCGCCGACGCCAAUGGGAACCGGGGCGGGGCACCCAACGUGGCCGUGGUGCUCGUGGAUGGCUGGCCCACGGACCGGGUGGAGGAGGCAUCGCGUCUCGCCAGAGAGUCUGGAAUCAAUAUCUUCUUUGUGACCAUCGAGGGCCCCGAUGACACCGAAAAGCAAAAUGUGGUGGAGGCCAACUUUGUGGAAAAGGCGGUGUGUCGCACCAGCGGCUUCUUCUCGUUGGCGGUGCCCAGCUGGUUCAACCUGCGCAAGGCGGUGCAGCCCUUGGUGAAACGCGUCUGCGACACGGACCGGCUCGUGUGCAGCAAGACAUGCCUGAACGCCAACGACAUCGCCUUCGUGAUCGACGGCUCCAGCAGCGUGGGCACGGGCAACUUCCGCACGGUGCUGCAGUUCGUGGCCAACGUGACGCGCGAGUUCGAGAUCUCGGACACGGACACACGAAUCGGUGCCGUGCAGUACACCUACGAGCAGCGGCUGGAGUUCGCCUUCAGCCAGCACUCCACCAAAGCGGAGGUGUUGGCCGCCAUCAAGCGCAUCAACUACUGGAGUGGUGGGACGAGCACCGGUGCGGCCAUCACCUUCGCUGCAGAGCAGCUCUUCAGCAAGUCCAAGCCCAACAAACGCAAAAUCAUGAUAGUUAUUACAGAUGGGCGUUCCUAUGAUGACGUCCGGGCCCCUGCCUUGGCAGUCCAGCGCUCUGGCGUCAUCGCGUACUCCAUUGGCAUCGCCUGGGCAGCACAGGAAGAGCUGGAGUACAUCGCCACGGACCCCGACAAGGAACACUCCUUCUUCGUGGACGAGUUCGAUAACCUCUACAAGUACGUGCCUAAGAUCAUCAACAACAUCUGCCAGGAGUUCAACUCACAACCGCGGAACUGAGCAGCGAAGACUCGACGAGGAAGGUCAGGUAGCUGGACAAGGGGACGACUGGGUUUCAGUUUUUUUUUUUUUGUAUCCAUGAGGGGUAUUUCUUCUAAACGUCUAGCUGAUGCAGGGAAUGUGAGGCUUCUGACAAGUUCCAGGUUGAUUAUGGGUGUGAAUCAAAGAAAUUGGAUACCGUCACGAGGUAUUUCGGGGGCAACACUGUUUGAAAGACAAGGAGAUCCUACGGCCGUUGAAGGAUCCUUGUUUGUCUGGCAACUGCUUUAAUACCUACUAUAAGGUCAUAGCUUUUCUGAAAAACUAACCGAGGGACAGCAGGCACCUUUAAGGCAAAAAUAAUGAGCACUUAUACCUACAGCUGGCUAUGAAAGUGACUAUUGCCCCUAUAAUGCGUUAACUUCAAGUGUGCAUGUACUCAUCACUUUUCAAUGUUUUGAAGUGUAGACAUACACAAUAUUUUCAGCGGCACAGAGGUACUGUUAACUAUGCAUGCAAAAAACUGUUUAAGCAACAAUCAAAAGGCGAGAUUCAUAAAUGAGGAGGAAACGAGUAGAAGCGAGAGUACUCGCACCCAUUUCCUCUCAUAACAACAAACUGUGACAACCACAUGGCUUUAAAGUUUCUCCAGUAGGUUCUUCGGUUGCUUCCCCACUUAGCUGCUGCCCACUGUUCACACAAUUUUAUUUUAGCCUCAAAAUAUUUAUAUAUACACAGCACUAAUCUGUUUGUACAUACAGAAACGUUCAUAUGCUUGUCAUUUUUAGACGCAAAACAUAUCUGAUUAUUGUUUUACUUACAUUUUUAAUAAAAUUUAUUGAAAA